AAAGGGAGAAAAAGACAAGAACAGCUGGACGAAAGUUGGAAGUAAUUUGAACGUUACCAAUCGGCCAAUGAAAGUAACAUUUUUUAAAGCGUAGCAUUACGCUGGGGCAUAAGCGUUGUUUACAACCGUGUCUAAAACUGGUCCCUUGCUACUAGUAUGCCCACGUCAGUUGGAAAAGCAGAUUGUUGAUUAAAGCACCAAGCAACCCUGCACUUUCAACCUUUUUCUAUCAUUAUAUUUUGGCUCGCACAGGGAAAGACGACCCUGAUAUGGGUCAGUGACGAUGCUGCUUCUCCCCUCCAAUGCAGACCGAAAUGGUAUGUUCCAGCACACCUGUGAGAACAUGGCGUCAGGGCGGGCAAAUGCGAACACUAUGUCCUCAUCCAACCGUCAACAAACGCCCGAACCCCACUGCUGUGGUGAUUUAAAAACUCGCUACGACCGCUUCCUAGUCUGGUUGUACGAGGAAGAGUUCACCUACAUUGACGCCUUGUUCGUUUUUGUUGGGAUAGUCACUUUCCUGGCCGACAUUGUCUCUGAUGUGGUUCUAGCGGUGAGGAACUACUUUCUUGAAGGCUACUACGGUUGGUUUGCGAUGACAAUAACAUUCGUUUUGCUGCCUUCCAUCGUCCUUCAGUUGUGCAGCAUACGGUGGUACCUACAGGACAGGAGCAAGGUUCCCGAGUCCGAGAGGGCAGGGGUUCUCUCGUGUUUGUGGAGGGGACUGCUGCAUUUUCUACAGUUGGGCACAAUGUGGAGAUGUGUCCAGGCACUGAUCUACGGGUUCAGGAGCAGAAGAGACCACCAGAAGUGGUACCGGAAGUGGCUGGCAGAGUGGACAGACGUGUGUCUGCUAAGGAUGUUCGAAGCCUUCCUGGAGUCUGCUCCUCAGCUGGUGCUGCAGCUGUACAUCAUGCAGGUCAAGGGUCAGAGUGAUCCUAUCACAGUGCUAGCCGUUGGCACAUCUCUUGCGUCCCUGUCCGUUGCUCUGGUGUCCUACCACAAGUCCCUACGUGAAGCCCUCCCCGACGCCGACAGGAUCACAUACACGGGAGUUGUGCUCUGGGUGCUGUGGCGCCUCUGUACCGUCACCGCACGAGUCGUCGCCAUCUCUCUCUUCGCCUCCCAGUUCCACUGGUACACGUUCGCCAUCCUGGGCGGACACUUCAUCAUCAUGUUCGUCUGGCGGUCGUGUCAGGACAUCAGGUUUUACGAAAACCGUGUGGAACAGACAGGCUUCAACAUCGUCAUCGCGUUUGUCAACAUCUUCUCCUGGCUGAGCAUGGUGCAAGAGUCCCGGUCCCGGUACCGGGCUACUGCGUUCUACGCUCUAGUGUACGUGGAAAACGCGACCAUGGCUGGUCUAUGGUACUGGAAGAUGCAACAAGCGGGACUGCGACCUGUCUACCUGAAACCGGCCCUGCUACUGGUCUACGUUGGGUUCUUUGUUGGCAUCAUCUUCAUGUCGCUCCAUUACCUAUUCUGUCAUCCAAAGCAAAUACCGAUUUGCAUCCGUCCAUUUGACGACGUGGAUGGACCAAACAUAGAUGAAGUUGAUGGAUAUGACAGCAAUAACAAGGCGGACGGAACAGAAGUGAAUGACCGCUGCCAAGCAAAGGUCCCAACCAUGAACUUCGGCUUCACGUGUCGCUGGAAGGUGACAGAAGAUGACGUGAAGAACUUCGAGCGUCGGUUGAGUAGGAGCAGCACGGGUCGGUGCAGCACCGAUGGCAAGAGAAAGAGCUGCGGCGAAAAGCCGCCGCCAGACGAAACGAUUGGACGUGCUGUGUCUGUGGACUGUGGCAAUCUCAGAGAAAACUUCUACCAAGAGUGCGAAUCAUGCGUUUAAUGCAAUAGAUGCAAAUUCAAGAACAUUCAGCAUAAACGUAGAUAAUCAAUGAUAGUAAUGUAGUUAUUCCACUGGAAUCAAUAUCAAGAUUCCGAUCAUCUAAUUACAUGUAUAUAGUUUUGGAAAGGAGACGCCGUUCAAGGCCGUAAAAAUGCUUAGAUAAAUCUUCUCAACUGGUCACAGCGUAGUCUGUACUGUCGGGGUAAUGACAUGUAUCUAGCUUUUAAGAAGUUAAU